UCCACCCAUCACAAAUCUAAGGAUGAGCCUCCACCGAGAAGCCUAUUCCCGGAUCGGAUUCAAUCUUUGACACAUCGCACAUGGAUGACACCAACACAGCAACAUCGCAAGCCCGCAGGGCAACGCGCUCCUCCCUGGCUUGCCUCCCAUGCCGCUCGCGUCAUCUGAAAUGCGACGCCACCCGGCCUCAAUGUAACCGGUGUCUUGAGGUCUCCAGGGAGUGUCAAUAUGCCCCGUCACGUCGCGGUGGACUGGAUCGUGCGGCUCUGGCAGAGAGACGUAAACGUCUGGCUUUGGCAGGCAGCGUGGGUGUCUCGGAUACUACGAAAGCCCGGACGGCGCGGACAAUAUCUGUCGUCCAGCAAGACCAAGAACUGCCCUCUCAGCCGUUGGAGCUGUAUGACCUGCCCAGCGACUUAAAUUCACUGGAAGAAGACAGCAUCGGUAAUGGAACGCCAGCUUCAGCAUCAGCAUCAGCUUUUCACAUGCACACCGAGAACAUUGAAGGAGAUCCUCUGAUAACCUCAUACUACAAACACUUCCACACAUACCACCCGUUCCUUCUACCUCAGAAAGCCCUCAUUCGGUUACACAGAGAUGCGAACAACGGGCUUGUUCUCGCACCUGUCAUUGCUUUGAUGCGGUUAGUUGGACAUUUGUACGCUGCGCAAGAGCUGUCAACACAAUUACGAGACCACGCGGAGAUGUGCAUUGCUGGAGCACCAUCAUCAAGUCCCACAGUGGUUCAAUGCCGUCUCUUAUACUCCAUCGUGUUGUUCUGGCACAACUUCAAGUCCGAAGCAAACAGCGAGAUGAAAAGCGCGGUGAAGCUCGCCGUUGAUCUGAAGAUGUUCCGACAAGAAUUUGCGAGCGAUCACGGUGCUGGGGAUCCUGUGUUGAUGGAGUGCUGGAGAAGGACGUGGUGGAUGUUGUACAUUGUGGACGCGUACUACGCGGGCACCUUGGGAACGAUGAAUUUCUCUGUUUUUGAGAUCGACGCCACGGUAGAUCUCCCAUGUGAAGAGAGAGAGUACGAGUCAGAACAAAUUCCGAUUCCAAACACUCUGGAGGAAUUUGACAGCCGAGAAUUUUCUACCGACGAUGUGUCAUUCUCAUCCUUCGCAUACCUGAUCGGAGCCGUGAAAUGUGCGGCUUUAGCAAUAUCUAUUUCGCCUAAAGUCGCAGCCAAGGAGGACUCGACGGGCAUGAUACAGUCCGCUGACUCCAUCAUUGAUGGAUGGUCUCUCUUACUACCAAAAGAACGCAAGGAGAUUAUGACGAAGACCGGAAAUAUCGAUGAGCUUAUGUUUCAAGCACACUUGCUUAUCCACGUAGCGACCAUCGGUCUGCAUAGACCAUUGUCCGACCUCAAGUUCAACCCAGUGGAGGCAGUCUCAAGCUGCGCCCGAGAGCCGCCAAAUGACAAUCCGACACCGGACCUCAUCAACGUGCACACGGUGCGUGUUCUACGAUCCAUAGAGGCGCAGAUACGCCUACUAGCGUUGCCGUUCCGACCAUUCAGCCAUACUCCGUUUGUUACAUGCAUGGUCAGCGAAGGGACGCUGGCCUUGCUCUCAGCGUGCGCGUUCCAGCUCAGUGGCAAGGAGCUUGCGGUAGCUAGGGAUCAGAUCCGGAUGACUAUCGGUUGCCUGAGAGACCUGGGCGAACUGUGGCCGAGAACUGCGAUCAAUGUAAAGGAAAUACAGACAGUUGCUCGCCAUGUUCUGGGGCUGAGGGGGCUCCAUACUAUCGGGAGUAGCAGCACGGAGACAUCAAGCAAUGUGCCAAGUCUUUCGGGUGGUGGUAGCCAUGGUAGUCUGGGAUCCGAAUCCGGCGAGCCGUGUAUGGAAGAUGGUGUUCUAGGGUCUUUGGGAUCGAUGGAAGACGUCUGUGGCUGGUAUAACUUGGGUGUGCUUGGCCCGGAACUUGAGCACUGGAUGGGCGAUGGACUGUAGUUAGUCGGGCAGAACUUUGGUAAUGAAUGAAUGUGAAUAUUCAAGUAUCUAGAAACGCUAA